AUGUCAACACAAAAAGACCAGAAGAUCCUGAUCAUCGGGACCGGCACAUUCGGUGCCUCAACAGCAUAUCACCUAGCAAAGCGAGGCUAUACGAACAUCACUUGCAUCGACAAAUGGCCAUACCCUAGUCUUGAUUCUGCUGGCUAUGACCUUAUCAUCAGGACAGAAUAUGAUGAGCCGCUCUAUGCAGAAAUGGCCUUAGAAGCAAUUCAAGCAUGGCGAGAUCCUCUUUACAAGGAUAUAUUCCACGAGACCGGAUGGAUUCUGACCACUCUUGGCGAUCCUAAAGCCGUAGCUCAUCUGGAAAAAUCAUACAAAAAUCUGAAAGAUAAAGGUCAAGCCCACAAUAUCGAUUUUGUCAAAGGCAAAGACGAGAUUGCAAAGUAUGUGCCGCAAUUGAAGAACGCCCGCGACAUCGACAACUGGAAAGGUCUGUGGAACAAGCAGGCUGGUUGGGCGCAUGCAGCAAAUGCCAUCAAGAAGAUUGCCGAUGAAGCAGGCAAGAUGGGUGUUCGCUUUAUCUCCGGAGCUGCAGGCGAGAUGGUGUCUCUCGAAACUUCCGGCGACAAAGUCACGGGUGUGAGAGUCAAGUCCGGCGACGUGUACACCGCAGACAGAUAUAUAUUGUCUACUGGUGCCGCCUCUCCAGCCCUCCUCCCAGAACUUUCCACGGAACUAUGGAGCAAAUGCUGGACCUACGGCUUGCUGGAACUGACUGAAGAAGAAGCAGCACAAUUCAAGGACAUGCCCGUUGUCCUCAAUCACGAACUAGGUUUCUUCUUCGAGCCUAGUACUGAAGGCCGCUUGAUCAAAAUCUGCAACGAGUUUCCGGGAUACCAAUGGCAANAAGGAGAAUACACGGAUCAUGCCACAGGGGAAACGAAGAAGUACAGCAUUCCACGCUAUGCAUCCGAGUACCCUAACGAUGGCAUCCCAGAGGAAGCAAUGAACGCCAUCAAACACUUCAUCAGCACCGUGAUUCCACAAUUCGAAGGCAGGGAGAUCAAGGGUGCUAAAGUGUGCUGGUGUACAGAUUCGCCAGAUGCACAUUAUCUAAUCGACACGCAUCCCAAAUAUCCUGGUGGUGAGCUGCUACUGGCGACAGGUGACAGUGGGCACGCAUUCAAGAUGAUGCCCAUUAUCGGCAAGUACAUCGCAAAUGCGCUGGAGGGAGAUUUCAAANAGGAGUGGAAGUAUGGCAAUCGUCAACAUCUCGAUAGUGGUAGACCUGGAGAUGAGGUCAAGGAUCUUGAGGACGUGGGCAUUGGUGAACCCCAGGCCAGGCUGUAA